AUGUCCUUCAGGAUGCUAGUGGCACCACUGCCACUGCAUUUCCUGUUGGGCAGAGAGCAAGUGAAAACAGAAGCUGCAGCGGGCAGCGGCCCAGGCAGAAACAGCUCCCUCACGAUUCACCGGAGCUUUCCCAGGGCCCCGGUCCCGGCUCUCGGGCCUUGCAAGUUCUCAUCCCCACAGCUGCAGAGGCCGCCGUCGGGAGGGGCAGCAACUUUGGCGGAGAUCGGGUGCGAGAAAGCCGGGCGCGGCGCUGCGCCCAAGCUGCUCAGCGCCCCCUUGGGCUCCGGCUGGCCUAGGGGGCGGUGGGCGCGGCGCACGGCCAUGCCGGGACGCGCUCUCCUCCGCGUGGCCCGGGGGGCCCUGAGUGUCUGGCUGCUAGGGGGCUUCUGGGUCUGGGCGCUGGGCGGCCUCUGUAGCCUGGGGGCAGCGGCGCCGGGAGCCGGGGCUGGGGGCUCACCGAGUGCUCAGCGCCCAUGCCAGGCGCCGCAGCAGUGGGAGGGGCGCCAGGUGCUGUACCGGCAGAGCACAGGGCGCUACAGCCGCGCCUUGCUCUCCUACGACGGCCUCAACCAGCGAGUGCGGGUCUUGGACGAGCGGAAGGCGCUGAUCCCCUGCAAGAGAUUAUUUGAAUAUAUUUUGCUCUAUAAUGAUGGAGUGAUGUUUCAGAUUGAACAGGCCACCAAGCAGUGCUCCAAGAUCACCCUGACGGACCCCUGGGACCCUCUAGACAUUCCUCAGAAUUCCACCUUUGAGGACCAGUACUCCAUAGGGGGACCCCAGGAGCAGAUCACUGUCCAGGAGUGGUCGGACAGAAAGUCAGCCAGAUCAUAUGAAACCUGGAUCGGCAUUUAUACAGCCAAGGAUUGUUAUCCUGUCCAGGAAACCUUCACCAAAAAUUACAGUGUGAUAUUGUCCACACGUUUUUUUGACAUACAGCUGGGCAUUAAAGACCCCUCGGUGUUUAUCCCGCCAAGCACAUGCCAGACAGCCCAGCCAGAGAGGAUGCGUGAGGACUGCUCCUGGUAAGCCUGUGAACAUGGAAGGGGCAGCAUCGGACAUCAGAGGCCAGCGGCCCCAGCUCAAACCAGAUUUGAGACUUGAGAGAUGAGAGACUCUUAGAGUUGAAUAUCAGAAAUCUAUGAAGAUAAACUUUGAUGUGUGGGUUUUUUUUUGUUUUUUGUUUUGUAUAUAUGGUUGUGACUACUUGGGCUAGGUUUACAAAAAGGGAUAGGAUGGAGAAUGUGUGGUAAUACAUGAAGACAUGGCUAACACAGGGACCUCAGAUGUUUCUAAAGCCUGUCUGGGGGUAGCACUUUGUGUGUACCCGUUAUAGAAAGAGCAUGGCAUACUCAGGGGUGGGGUGAGGGUCAGCAGGAGUGGUUUGCCUUGGUGGUAGAAAAUGUGUUAUUACUGACAUUACUGAGAAUUGCUGAAUUGCUGACACGUGGAGAUAAAAACAAAGCAGAAUGACUUUGGUCAGUUUUUGUAUUAGUUUUUAAGUUCUCUACAGACAAUGACCCCCUUAUUGCCUGCGCUGGGGGAAGGACUGAUCCCACCGCUCCAUCCCUCCAGCACCUCCUUUUCCCUACCCUCUGCUGCCUUGGCUGCUGACACAGUGGUCCCUUAAAAGUCCCUUCCGGCCUUAAGAGCUUUAUGGCGUGACCCAAUGGAUGGAAACAUGUUGGGAGGAAAUGAAAGGCUAUAAUACAAAGUGAUUAUUCCUCUAAAGCUAUAUUUUAAAACAAGAGGUUUUGGAAAAUCUUAAUGUCUAUAUCUGGGUAAGCAUGAGCCAUGUAUGCUUCCUUUUUUCUAUGCAAAGUAUCGAUAUAUGUGCUGAAUCAUCACAUAUUUGUCAGUGACCCGGAGAGACAGGUAGCAUUCUAAGAAUAGCACUUACCUGGGAAUCAGUAGACUAUUGUUUCUGAAAUCCAGAGCAAGAAUUCCUUUGUACUAGAACUCUUUGAUUUGCUAGACACUCCAUGCUUCCCUUCACCUAUGCAUCCCUGGGGCAUUGUUUGACAACCUCUUUGUGUAUUCAACUUCCGAUCAUCCUCCCCAGGUCAGCUUAUGCAUGGCCUUCAAAGAGCUGCUCCCAAGCCUGGAUUGGUUGCACCUUACAGCUUGAACAUCGUAUAAUGACAAUGCUUACUAGGCUGUGUCUAGAUUUCCUGCCUCCUGGACUCUCUUGCUCACCAGCCUAGCUGUGAGCUCCGUGAGUACGGGUACCAUGUUCUGUUUACUUUUAUAUGCCCAGCACCAAGUGCCUGCUACAUGGUCAGUGCCCUAAACAUUUGUAGAGUGGAGAAUGCUAGCUUCUCUGGUCCUUACUUCCUCGUCUGUUAAAUGGGAUUGGGUUUGCUGAUCUCUGCUAAUCUCUAGGGACACCUCUAGUGAUAAAAUUCUAGAUUCCUUCUGCUAUUAAUUUUUGUCUGGCCACCUAUCUAUCCAUCAUUUAUCUCGAGGAGAAAUGUAUGACAUCUAUAUUAUGCUGAAAACAAUCUGUAUUACAGCUUUAUACUGUUUCAAUAAACAAAUUUAAUUGCA